AUACUAACUAGGAUGGCAGGGAAUACCUCAUCAAUCGCUCUUUCUGUGUCCAAAAAGCAUGUAAUAUGCUCCGAGAUUUUAUCCGUUACAUCUGCCAUGCGCAAGAACUCCCGAUGGGCUGCAAGUGCGCAAACGCCACUGUACGCUCGGGAUGAUGCACUUGCAGCGAGCAUGGGUCUGAGACGCCAUGGAGGGAGCUCCGAUAUGCUUCAGGGAUCUUCCAAGCAGGAAGUCUUGCUCAUGGCGAACUUCCUUGAGCUGAAGAGAGAGGUCUUGGAUGCCCGAGAAAUCGAAAAUUUUCCUCUAUCCACGCUCCUUUCGCCAUUCUUCGCGUUGAUCCGUUCUCCAUUGUCAACGGGUCCUAUUACUUCCGCGGCGCUGGCGGCCAUCCAUACUUUCUUCGUCCUGGGAUUUGUUUCGCCUGACGCUCCCGAUCUUGAACAUAUUCUUGCGGAGCUCAGUAGUACCGUGUCGAAUUGCAAGUUUGAGGCGAGCGACGCGUCCGGUGACGAAGUGGUGCUGUACCGAAUCAUGGCUGUUAUUGAGCAGUGCAUGUGUGGUCCUGCUGGCAGUACUCUCGGCGAUGUAGAGGUUUGCGAGAUGUUGGAAACUGUUCUGACAAACUGCUGCCAAAUGAGACUUAGCGAAAUCCUUCGAAAAUAUGCCGAAUCAACUAUGCACGCGGUCGUGCGUCAAGUAUUCAGCCGACUGUAUUCACUCGACGCUGAGGAAGAAGAAAGAAAACUAGCGGCCUUAAAUACGGACUCAUCGGAGAACGAACUCACGAUGAAUGUACAAACGGGACAGAAUCCUCCGACCGAUGCUCCCUUUACAGCGGCACAAAACAAUCUGGAUCCUUCUACUCAGCAGGAUAACGCGACAUUGGUCGAAGGGAGCACGACUAAGAAAGAGGAUAAAGCUGACCCUAGCCGUGUACCAACUCCAGUGCCCAGAAGUGAAUAUGGGCUGCCGUCUAUUGUUGAAUUACUUCGUGUGCUCGUAAAGAUCUUAGAUCCAAACGACCGUACUCAUACCGACUCAACACGACUUACGGCUCUUCGUAUCCUUAACACCGCCUUCGAAGUUGCAGGUUCUCAGCUAGGCUUGUAUCCCACCUUAAUGAACAUCAUCCAGGACGAGGGCUGCAAGAAUCUCUUCCAACUUGCUCGAGCAGACAAUCCAAAUGUCCUAUACAUGUCACUGCGCGUCAUUUCGUCUAUGUUAGAGACAAUGCGUACGCAUCUGAAGCUUCAGCAGGAACUCUUCCUCUCUUUCACGAUUGACCGCCUCACCCUUUCUGCGCCUACAAGGGCACAAAUCGCAACUAUGGCGCAGCAAAAAGGUCUCAUUGCAUCACCACGACCUGGAACUCCGUACUCUGGCACACCUAAUGCAUCCACUCCGACGCUCGUCGAGCCGGACGAGGAGAACACUGGUCCAUCGAGACCCGCUAUUCUUCCGGCAAAGGGCGAGACGAGGGAGCUUAUGUUGGAAACAUUGAGUCAAAUUGCUCGAUACCCAGGAUUUAUGGUCGAUCUCUUCAUGAAUUAUGAUUGUGAUGUGAACUGUGAAGACCUCUUCGAGAAGCUUGUAAGCUUCUUGACCAAGGGAGUAUACGGCUUGCCUGUUGCAGGUCCCCGAGAAUUAGCUCAGCAGACGUCACAACUUCUGUGUCUUGAUUUACUACUCGAAUUCAUUAACGGCAUGUGUGAUAGGGCAAAUCAACAAGAAGGACCAUGGUCUCCGGACCUUCCAUCUCCUCAAGAAAUACUGGAAUCAAAGGCGCGGAAACGGCUUGUAUUAACAGGCGCAUCCCGUUUCAACACUAAACCCAAAGUCGGACUCUCAUUCCUGGAAGAGAAUGGCCUUAUAUAUGCAGAUCUGUCGGGCACAGUGAGUCGGCAGAAAAGUCUGGCAAAGUUCCUUAAGAGUUGCGCGAGGCUUGACAAGAAGCUCUUGGGAGAUUAUCUUUCGCGGCCUGAAAAUAUUGAUGUCCUAAAAGCAUUCAUCGAGUUGUUUGACUUCAAGGGUAAACCAGUAGCUGAUGCUCUACGGGAGCUCUUGGAGAGUUUCCGCCUGCCUGGAGAGUCUCAGCAGAUCGCUCGUAUCACUGAGACGUUUGCCGAGGUCUAUUUUGCUACUGGCCCGGCGGAAAUUAAAUCACAGGAUGCUGUCUACAUCCUGACCUACUCGAUCAUCAUGCUAAACACAGAUCAGCACAGUCCUCAAAUCCGCAAACGAAUGACACUGGAGGAUUAUCAAAGGAACCUCCGUGGGCAGAAUGACGGAGAAGAUUUCUCAACUGAGUUCCUCAAUAACGUUUAUGAGUCGAUCCGGAAACGAGAGAUCGUGAUGCCAGAGGAGCAUACUGGUCAGGUUGGCUUUGGUUAUGCUUGGAAAGAGCUAUUAGCCCGAACCCGAGUAUCUGGCAAGCUGUAUUCGAGCAAUUCGUCUGCUUUCGACUUUACUAUGUUUAAUUCAGUCUGGCGAUCUGUCAUUGCUGCCAUAGCCUUUGCUUUUACGACUUUCGAUGAUGACUAUACUGUGCAACGUGCUAUAACGGGCUUCAGACAAGUGGCGACGUUGGCCGGUCACUUCCAAUUACCAGAGGUCCUUGACUAUGUGGUCGUUUCUCUCUCGCAGGUGUCGAGUCUCGUUCCUGACACGCUCGUUACGCGGGUGCCUCACUAUCCUGUUGUGGAAGUGGAAGGACAGGAUGUGCAGGACGUGACAGUAUCCUCUCUUUCUAUCAAGUUUGGUACCAACUUCAAAGGCCAGCUAGCUGCGGUCGUACUUUUCACCAUCAUUAAUGGCAAUGGUAAUGCUGUUAGGGAGGGAUGGACGCAGAUUUUCGAGAUAUUUACGAACCUUUUUAUCCACUCAUUGCUUCCUGGACCGAUGCUCAAAGCGGAACAAUUCAUAAGCGAAAUACCCUUGCAUGCUACUGUACCCCAGCCUCGUCCAGCUCGGGGAGACGGUGGCCUGCUUUCUGCUCUGUCAUCGUAUCUCAUGACGCCCUACAGCUCAAGCUCUGAGACGAUACCGGAGGCUACCGAUUCAGAGAUUGAGAACACGCAAAUUACGAUCGACUGCAUAAAUGCAUGUCGGCUUGAGGAGUUAUAUUCACAAAUCCCUGCUCUAUCAGGUGACGCUCUCGUCUGGGCUGUCAGAGCGCUCGAGGCAUUGGCACAUGAACGAACAGUUGCGCGGCUCAAACAAGAAAUUGAUGAUACAACCGCACCGAAUUCUCCAACCCCAUCUCGCAAAUCCCAGCCACCACCUCAGUCUCUUUCUUAUGAUCCCGCAUCCGCCUUCUUGCUUGAGAUGAUGGUUAGCAUUAUCACCAAAACUCCUCAAUACAUUGAUGAGACAUGGCCCGUUGUGUACGAGCAUUUGUCGGCUUUGCUUUCCUCGGCGACUAGCUACAACAUACUCCUUGUUGAGCGUGCCAUAGCGGGAUUAUGGCGUUUGUUACUUGUUAUUGCGGACAAACCUGCACUACGAGACCAGCUAUACGUUUCUCUCGACCUGAUGGGAAGCUUACCGGCAACAGUGACAAAUUCUGUCGGAGAACAGAUCAUCGCUGGUGUCGUACAACUUGUAAAGACACGCAGGGAUAUUAUAAAGUCACAGACAGAAUGGAGCCUAGUAAUUGCCUUGAUGCGCCAGUCAAUGAAACAGCCUGCUGCUUCUAGGCAGUGCUUCGAUCUGUUGACGACACUUGUUGUCGACGGUACUGAGCAAUGUGUUACAACAGACAACUUUGCUGGUCUGGUGGGCUUGUUGGACGAAUAUGCGUCAGCCGCAGGUUCCGUCGUCGAAAAUGCAGGUCAUCACGAUAAGCGGAAAGAGGCGGAAACUCCGUUAUUCGAGCUGGCCCUCCAGCGCGGAAAACAAUCCGUCGAUCUACUCUUCGAUUUGAAGAAGUUUAUCCCCCGAUUCACGGAAAGCGAGCACGUUCCGGCAGAGCAAGUCUGGAAACAGUGUAGUCUUCCGCUUAUCUGUGCGCUCUCCCGACAAUGCACGAAUGCCUCUCGAGAAAUCCGACAUACGGCACUCAUUCACUUACAACGGAUCCUUCUGGGCCAACAGGUCCUUCUACCAGGUGUCGAUGGUGCUUCCGAAACCGUGUUCAGCCGGGUCGUAUUCCCAUUAUUGGAUAACUUGUUACAACCACAAAUUAUGAAACGUGACCCGCGCGGAAUGCCUGAGACGCGUCUUCGCGCAUCUGUCCUGCUGUGCAAGGUAUUCAUGCAGCUCGAGGUGAACGAUGAAGCGAAGGAGAAGGAGAUUCGUGAGUUGUGGAUGUCGAUUCUUGACUUGCUCGAUCGGUUGAUGAAUGCUGAUCGACGAGACCAACUCUUCGAAGCUAUUCCCGAAUCCCUGAAGAACGUCGUACUAGUCAUGAACGCAAUGGACAUCCUCGUCCCUCCUGCGCCCGAAGAUAAGAGGACUAAACGACAAAAAGAGCUCUGGGAUGUCACGCAUGAGCGCAUCGAGCGUUUCCUUCCUCGAUUCCUGGACGAGGUUAUCCCCUCGCCACCGCCGCCGCCACCUACUGCAGCUGCUCCUCCUACGACAGCGCUGGCACCAGCAAUCCCCGCUCCGGAAGCUGCAACUCCUUCGGAACCAUCUGCACAAGCAUAG